AUGGACAUCAAGUCUCUGUCGGAGGUGCAGAAGCAGAUCUUCACGAAUCUCAUCGAGAAGCUGAUUGCACGCAACCAGUUCCCGCCGAACGAGGCGGAAGACGUGCAGAAGCUGCUGGAGAACGUGCGCGAUGCGAAAAACUUUCACAAGAUCAUGGAAAAGCUAAAGGAGUGCGGCCAGCUGGAUGUCGACAUCGAGGAAAACUUCCGCGAAGAGAAUGGGAUUUUCCUCAAAGAUACGGCGAAAAAGUUCGGACCCGGCGGCCAAACGCUCACCCCGCGCCACACUAUCGACGCUAUACUAGGUUUGAAUAAUUGUGAAAAUGGAGGAGACUCCAGUGAUGCAACCGAUCUCAGCGCAUCGCCCCUGAGCCAGAUCAAGCUGUGCGAUCAGCAGCAGAUGAUGGCGAAGGCGCAACUGCCCACGGCCUACGGUGGCCUCGGUAGCCCGUCCAGUCCGGACAAGUAUCAGCAGCAGUUAGCCAAUUACCAGAGUCACAUCAAAUCGCUCGACCUGGUCGCGGCGGCCUCGCUCGAUCCGGCGUCCGGCCAGGGUGUGCUGCACCAUCAGCCACAGCCGCACCACCUCCACCAUCACCAUCACGCAGUGGCCUCUCCCCAUCUGCAUCCGCACCAUCAGCAGCACCAUCCGCACCACCACAGUCAUCUGCAGCAGCAGCUUCACCAACAGCAGCAGCAGCAGCAACAUCACGCCCAUAAUCAGCUGCCUUCGCCAACACCUCAGCAGCAACAGCAGCACCAUCAACUGACCGCGCUGCACCAUGCACCGCAUCCCGCCCUCGGCCCCCAAGUCCCCCAUCCGUCCCUGGCCGAGCUCGAGUACAUGAAGACGCUCAAGGAGACGAACAAGUACUUCAUCGAUCGCAACUAUCGGGGCGUCGCCGCGCUGGGCUACGGCGCUGGCGGUGGUGGCAAGUACGGCGGAGGGGUCGACGGAACACCCGAGGAUGGAGCGCCGGGGGGUGGUGGUGGUGAGUACGAGGAAGAUCUUUCGCCCCCGGCCGGUAAUGGAAGCUCCGGCGGGAGCCUCAAGCGCAAGUACGAUCGUGUGCGGGAAGGUGACGAGCGCACCGGGGCGGAGGGCGGAAAUGGCGACGGAGAUGGUGGCGGUAGUGGUGCGGUUCUGCUGCCGGACGGCACCGCAAGCAAUCCAUCCGACAGCUCCAUUAACAAAUAUAAUAAGCUGCAUGAGUCAGCCGAUAAAUCAAUUAGGGCUAAUAGUUUCGAUUAUAUGAAAAAUUUCGACGAACUCCGCGCCCGACAGGCAGCGGCCUACGAGCAGGCGGAACAGCAGCAUCAUCAUCACCAACAGCACCAUCACCACCAUCAUCACCAGCAACAGCAGCAGCAGCAGCAGCUUCAGGCCCUUCACCAACAACAGCAGCAGCAGCAGCAUCAUUCGCAAUCACAACAUCCGCAACAACCCUCACCUUCGUCGGCGUCGCAGCAGCAACAACUCGGCUCGUCCGCAGGGGCCAACAGUGGCAACCCCGCGGCGGACGAGUACAGCCCCCACCGACAGUCGACGGACAGCGGGAGCGCGGACAAGACGGCCGACGACGGUGGCGUGAGCUACGCGUCCAGCGAGGAACUCAAUCAGACCACGUCCAGCGAGCAGGGCGAAAAAGUUGGUUCCGGCAGCGACGAUGAAGGAGGUGAUGAAAACUGCUCGAAAAAGAAACAUCGGCGCAACCGGACCACCUUCACCACCUACCAGCUGCACGAGCUCGAGCGGGCAUUCGAGAAGAGCCACUACCCGGACGUCUACUCCCGGGAGGAGCUGGCGAUGAAAGUCAAUUUGCCGGAGGUGCGGGUGCAGGUUUGGUUCCAGAACCGUCGCGCGAAAUGGCGCCGGCAGGAAAAGUCGGAAAGCUUGCGGCUCGGGCUGUCCCACUUCUCCCAGCUGCCCCACCGGCUGUCGUGCAACGGCGGCAACCUUCCGGUCGAUCCCUGGCUCUCCCCGCCGCUACUCUCCGCACUACCGGGUUUUCGACGUUUUGUAGGGUUCCUGUCACAUCCGCAAGGAGUCUAUCCGAGCUACCUGACGCCCCCGCUCAGCCUGAACCCGUCCAACCUGGGCAUGCCGAACCUGGGCCUAGGACACCCAAACGGUCCGCAAAACCUCCGCAUCUCGCCGCAAAGUAUGGCCGCCAUGUCGCCGCAGAUGGCCGCCAGCAGCAUGCGUCUCUCGCCCCCGCACACCAACGGUCUGGGUGGACCGCAAAACCUCUCCAUGCCGCACCAACCACCAUCCGGACCGGUUGUCGGCCUUGGGCCACAACCUCCAACGCCUCGCCACUCACCACUCGAGAGCCCCAUGGGAGCCCUGAUGAGCCAGCCAGGCACAAUGCCACCGGGAUCAACCGGAAGCGCCACGCCCGUGACCAUGCCGGUCGCAUCGCCCCAAAACCUGUCCCUUACACCCCCUGCCAGCGCCCUCCAGUCAGGGCUGAGCCCGAACUCUCCCUCGCCGACGGGGCUUAAGGGAUCCAAACUGACGCCUCAAAUCGAUCCCGGCUCGGAAAGUGACACACCAACGACGGGAGAUCCUUCUGGCCGCGGAGGACCAACGAUCGCGACGACGAGUGCGUCGGCGGCCACGACGACGGCCGCCCUAAACAUGACCGUGAACCACCACCACUCGACCGACAUGCGAACCAACUCGAUCGCCACACUGCGCAUCAAAGCCAAGGAGCAUCUGGAGAACCUGAGCAAGGGCAUGACCACGAUGGUGUAA